AUGUUUCUGUCAAAAUUCUUGGCAAGAAACACCAACAAGUCCAAAUUAGAGCUUCUGACAGAAGCUUGGAUUGGUAUUCAAAAGUAUUAUGAAACCGCGGCAGAUCCUUUAAAAGAUGCAGUUGAUCUGACACCCAUCCCGGUGUGUUUGCAGAAUAUAGUUAAGCUCAUUCAGGCGGAAGAGCUUGAGUAUGAGCGGGCUAGCGAUAGCCUGGAAACAGGGCCGUGUUUGGAAUAUCUUUUGCACAAACGAGUUUUGGAAGAGCUGGUCGAGUUCGCCAGAGUCGAUACUCCUUUCGGAAUGCGGAUUCACUGCCUCCGGUUCUUUUGUAGCUUGGUGAACAACGUCCAUGCCCAGCUCCUUCCUGAACGUGCAGUCCACGUACCGCUCCAAAAGCUUAUCAACUCAUGCCAUCGUCUUAUAUCGCACCACUACGAGCAAAUGGCAACGGAGCCCGAGUCGUGCCCUGAAGAGCGGAUCCAGGCCAUUUCGGAGCUGUCGUUGGAGCUUGUUAAAUUGAUGCACGGUAUCUUUUCGCAUUUCAAAGGAAGCAACGCAGCGCUCAUGGAUCUUUUCUUUGAACGUGGCUGGUGUCGAGGGCUUGGCGACAACGUUUGGCGAAGCAGCAAGGAUGGGCGCACGUUCCACAAGCGUCGCGAAAGCACGGAUGAGAAGAUUGCAUGGAAUAUGUUUUUGACGCCACGGUUUGAUAUGUUUACAUAUUUGAUCGACUACAUGAACAUGCCUGGAGAAACGGGUGAAAUUGCGCGCGAGGCCAUCUUGUUUGCAUUGCGACUCUUGGAUGGAGACCCGGAAUACGUGUGCUACGUUGUUGAGUAUUCUGGAUUGUGCGAAGUCAUGGUAAGUUCUGUUUGUGCUGAACGGCUCGCUCUGUUUUAUGCCAAACUUCCAAAAAACACCGGCGCCUUCACGAUAUCUGACAACAGCCGUGUCGUACCCAUACGGCCUCCACGCCGUCGAAUCUCUCUUUCCGUCCCUGUCAUGAUCACGAACAACUCCCUGAUGAUCACAGUGAACACACAUCACACCUUCAAAAAGAAGAGAAGAAAGCGAAGCCCGUUUGACGUCAAUUUUGUCCGUGCUCUAGAGUCUGUGCGCGACAAUGACAUUGUUGUCGACGAGUUCUAUAGCUUUUGGGAAUACCUGAACGACGUUGCUCGUGUGGCCGACCGCCGAUUGAUGACCGCUCUCAUGGCUCAACUAACCACUACCUUUUGGCAUCCAGUCGUAUGCACUGCCCUCAGCUCUCCAUCAGCAGAGCUCGCUACUGCUGCUACAGCGUACACAACCGAAAUGAUCCGAUCAUUGACAGAUCAAAAGCUGCUCCAUGCAUUUCUAGUUGUCUUGUUGGGCGAAGAAGGCGGCGUAGGCAAGGAUCUGGAACCAGAAACACGCAGCUCACUACCACGCCAUGAUCUUAUCGACGACGAUCAUGAGGAAGACGAAAAGAGCGAAGAGGAUGAAGAGGAAAAAGAAAAGGAUAAGGUGGUCUCCAUGAGCGACGAUAUUGACGAAGACCUUACGCUACGUGUGCUGCUCAUUAACCGGAUCGACGCCGACUAUCACGAUCUGUCGGUCUCGACGCUGCGUCUGUUUGACACUGUUCUUGAAACAUACAACCAGUUUGCUAUUUACAACCUGAUUCUUCGUAACUAUCUCGAUAUCACCCCCGAAGGCGACUAUGUCGACGAGGUGGAAAAGGAUGCUGCAGAUGCAUCAUCUCUGGGGUCCAAAACUUUUGAUGAAAGUGCCGAAAAGACCAAAGAUGCAGACGAAACAGAGGAAGAGGCUAAAGAAGAAAAGAGCGAAGAAGACGCCGAAGCAGAUGAAGCAAACAAAAAAGACAAGAAGACAGAGAAAGUGCGCUGGCUGGUUGAAAGGAUUCUGUCACUGCUACCACUUGAGGACGAACUUGAGCGGAUGAAGUCCCCGCCGCUGUCAUCCGUCAUCCAGUCCGAGUCACUUGCUUCGACAAGCAUCGAUAUGGAUGGCCACCGUAGCAGUACUUCCGCCGAAAAUCUUCAGAACGUUGUUGUGCCUGGCAAUAGCUAUGAUGACUACUUUCAUGAAGCACGGGAACGGUUUCAGUAUGGUUUGCUCGCCAAAAACUUCUGGCGAACACCGUACCCACCACCGAAAACGAAAAAGGACUAUGCCCGCGAAGCAGAACAUCGCCGCGGACGUCCACAACGUCGUCCUAUGAGUAUGAUUGUCUCAUCCAAAGACGCUGCAAUGCAUCGUAACUUUGAUCCUGACAACGGUAAAGAACCGCACAAACUCUGCGGCAACUUUGAAGGCCUGUUCAUGAGCCGGAUCUUUGACCAGUUCUUCAAGCUAAUGGAGUCGUCUAUGGAGCAGAACUUACUCGUGACAAGUAUCCUUCAAAAGAUUGUUGGUGUCGUUGAUAAACGGGUCGAUGGUGUCAUUUGCGAGUGGAGAGCCGUCCGUAUUGGCGGUGAUGGUGCCUUGUACGGUGGUGUCUGGACACUUCCCAGUGCAAAAGGCAACAGACGCAGUCUGUAUUCGUUGUUGGAGCAAGUGACUUUCGAGGCCUUGAAGCGUGCACAGCUUGUACCCAAUUUCGAGACGCGAAUUUCGAUUGCCAAGAAACGCGGUGUUCUUCACGGUACCAACAACGGCAACGCGAGCAACGGUCACCAUCAUCAAGGCCAUGGUCAACAGCCUCAACUCAAACGUUCGGCGUCGUCCUUUACGCGCUCACCGACUGCGGGAUCUCCCCGUGAACAAGGCAAGCUGUCUCGCCAUCCCAGUCUGUCGCAACUUGUCUUUUCCAAGAAUUCCCCUUCUCCAUCUUCGCCACUCAGUCCUGGGUCACCUUCCAAAUCCACAAGCGUGCUACCGCCCCGUAAGCCAAGUCGUGAAGGCACACCCAAUGGAACAAGUGGACCCAACUCACCGUCAGCCAUGUUCUUCCAACAAUCACAACGGGCAAACGCCACGCCAGUGACAAUGACCAACCCGUUUGCCAAGCUGUCCAACUUUGUCAACUCAUACAUUGUAUUGCAAGAGUUUUGUAAGGAGUUGGCCGCUGUCAUCCUUGUACGACAUGCCACCAACUACAAUGAAACGGGUUUGGUGCGUUAUCAGCAGGACCCACGAGGCUCUGUGUUGAACUUGCCACAGCAGGAUUAUUGGUUCGAGAACGAGCACCGUCACCACCAACAACUAGAAGACGAGUACAACCUCCUCAGUCCGGCAGACAGCGAGCAUAAGCCAAGCAUGGAUAAAUGGAAGAACCGCAUUUCAAUGGUAUCGACAUUGGCUGACUGGCGAAGUGUACGUAGUCUGGAUAUCAUUGAUGAAGCUAUCACUGCCCGUGUUCGUUCUGCUUCCAGUGAUGGCAAAUGGUGA